CUAAAAACACUCUGUGGAGGGGACAGGGACACGGCGGGCGGCUGCAGACGGAGAAAAACUCUGAAAAUAUGGCGUUCAUCACAGACGUCUCUCUCCUCAUCAAUGAAGCAGCUUUUAAAGAUCCUCUCAGAUUAGAGAAGGUUCUUCAGCCUUACUCACCUGAGAGGAAAGGUUACUGCUACAAAGUGACAGGAACAUUUGAUCAGAUGUUGAACCUUUCAGUGACACUGUCUACAGUGAGGGAUCAAUUCAGUCCUCAACCACAUAGACCGACUGAUCAGGAGGAGCGUCCUUCAGCUCAGCUCAGGUCGGUGGAAGUGUCCCGGGAUGUCAUGGACUACAUGGGCCAAAGGUGUGCAGAACAGCUGAAGAAAAUCACGGGGGACAGUUUCAUCAUGGAAAAACGGCCUCAUGCAUCCAGCAGCUCAGUGUGGGUCACGUUCAAACCCUGCAAUGUCUCCACCCCUCCGGUUCGCAUCGACUUUAUCAGACAGAGAUUCAUCAGCCUCUAUCAGAGGACAGCCUCUGACCUGCAAACCACCUCAGUGAGUCGGAGUUACGCAAGACGCCUGCAGACAAGAUUCCCACAGCUCCUGUUUCCACAAAACACAGAACACAGCACACAGAAAGUGACUGUGACUGGGCAUUUUGUGCAUAUCGCCCAUCUCAAGGAGUAUCUUUCAGAAACGACAGCCAGCUCGAGCCAGAGUCCAGAGAACAAAUGGUCAUCAGAGACCAAACGUCCAUCAGAGACCAAACGUCCAUCAGAGACCAAAAGUCCAUCCGAGACCAAGCGUCCAUCAGAGACCAAAAGUCCAUCAGAAGCCAGAAGUCCAUCAGAGACCAAACGUCCAUCAGAGACCAGAAGUCCAUCAGAGACCAAACGUCCAUCAGAGACGAAACAUUCAUCAGAGACCAAAAGUCCAUCAGAGACGACAAGCAGGAGAGGGUUAGGUCCUUCACCUGAACUCAGCAGAGACCUUGAAGAACAAGAACCCUGUCCGAUCUGUAUGGAGUCCAUAAAAAGUUCAGAAAAAGAGUCUCUAAAGUGCAAACACUCAUUCUGCAGAGACUGUCUGAAAAAAGCCUUCACCUAUAAACCCAUAUGUCCCACAUGUGGAGCACUGUACGGCGUUUUGACAGGAACUCAACCUGAUGGAGGAACCAUGAAGGUAACCACAGCCCCUUCAUCCCUGCCUGGGUACGAGAGAUACGGGACAGUCAUCAUCAACUAUUACAUCCCCAGUGGCAUCCAAAAGAAGGAGCAUCCGAACCCUGGGCAACCGUAUGAAGGCGCAUCCCGCACAGCGUACCUGCCAGACAGCACUGAGGGCAGACACAUCCUGAAGCUCCUGCAACGAGCCUUCGGUCAGAGGCUCAUCUUCACCGUCGGUCGAUCCACGACCAGCGGCAGGAACAACACGGUCACGUGGAACGACAUUCACCACAAAACGUCCACACGUGGAGGACCGACGAAUUAUGGAUAUCCAGAUCCAGAUUAUCUCAGCAGAGUCCGAGAUGAACUGAACGUCAAAGGGAUUGAAUGAGUGACUGUGAGGUUUGUGAACACGUGAAUAAGGAGCUCAGAUAUACUCAUGUAUUAGAGGUCACAUAUUAUGAAAAAUACACUUAAAGGGAUACUUCACCCGUUGAAACAUGAAUCUGUAUUGACAUUGGGUCAUAUAUGUAGUAGAAAUGUGAAAUACAUUUUGAAGUUGGUGCCUUCCUGACCUAGAAAAGGCAGAAAGUGUCUUUUUGGCUCAUGUGGAUGAAAGACACCAACUCCCAGAAUGCACAGCACAGCAGGCCACUCCCACUAAGGUCCUCUGUUUACAGACUACACAUACGGCCGUUUUCUCAACUGAUUCUGAGAUUUCUUCCAGAAGGAAUUGGCAUCUUGGAAAUUCCUUUCAGAAAACAGACUAUGUCUGUGUCCAUAGGCAAACAGUGAGAGCACCGACACUACCAGUCUGCCCCAGCUGGAGCCGCCCCAGCUGCCUCGUCGCUAUACUGCCACUUGUAGAGAUAGCCACGAACAUCUGAUUCAAGCACAAAAUCCUCUUCAUCCAUAUCAGUUUGAAGUUGAAACAUCAUUAUUUUGACAUUGUCGGUUCUUAUCAGCUUUCUCCAUAGAGCCUGUUAGCAUAGAUACCAAGCAAUAUGGCGGACGUUAAGUUUCGAUUCUGGGAGUGAGGCCCCACCCACUGAUCUGUGAUAGGUCUGUAGCUUCAGUGGUCAAAAAUAUGAGGAACUAGCCGAUGUCGUUUCACUGCUACCCACAACAGCCGUCGAUGAUACAAAAUGACAAUUUUUGCGCCAUCGGAAGCUCCUUUUGCAGACAAGAAAUACAAAGAUUUCCCGUCAUUUCCAUUUGCACGACCAUUCAAAAAUACUACCAGGUUUCUAAUGAUACAAAGCUUAAUUCAAAUGGGUGAAGUAUCCCUUUAACCAUGUUUUUCUUACAUAAAUGUGUCCCUAGCUUGUCUUCAAACCCCCCAAUUAUGAGAAAAUUCCUUCCUCUCUGUCUUUUGCCUGCUACACUUUUCAGAAAAUGUGUGCUCAAACAGGCCAUUUGGAUAUUUUACCAUUGUGACAUCACAAAGGGCAGUAACCCCUCCCCCAGGUGGGUGACACUCCCACAGCUAGGUGUUUGUUCUGCCCUCUGAGUCUGCCUUCUCGCUGUUAACAAUAGGACAUUGAGCGAGAAAGCCUGAGCCACCCAAGUCCUUCCAGAGGGGUGUGGUCAGACACAGCUCAUUUACAUUUAAAGGUACAGACACAGAAACAGCCUGUUCUGAGCAGGGCUGAAAUAGAGGGGUUUAUAGACAUGAUCAAAUACAGGAUCAGAGUGGAUUUAGAACAAGAAACUUCAGAGACAUGUUUGGGGAGCUCUGAGACUUAUUUACACUUGUUGAAUAGGAGGAUAAUAUGUGACCUUUAAUACAUGUUUUAUCAUAUAAAGUGCCAAGUGAAGAAAAACACAAUGACAUUUUUUUUUACAUGUUUCCUGCUGAAACAGGAUAGGACCAAUCACAUGAUAGAACGACAUAAAGUUUGGAUGAAUUUGAUUGGAUCAUUGGCUUCGACAAAGGUUUUUUAUUGGUCAAAUAAACACGCCUGAGUCAAGGAUGAAUCGUCAGACAUUUUAAAUGAUUCACAGGAAGAGAAAAAAAAAAGUUAUUUAGAUGUAAAAAUGAUGGUUGUAUUACAGAAGUGUAAACAGCAUUCAAGGCGGAGCCUCAUUCAUUCCUAUGAAAGCUGCUGAAGUAUGAAGCAAAAAAAGUCUGGAUCUUCCGUGUUACUUGGCUCAUUUUAGUGUUUGUAUUGGGAAGUCCAUGUACCUCAAAAAAUGUAUCCUGCGAUUUAUAGACUUCUCUUCUCCAAUGUAAGCUUAUGGGAAAAAGUAUUUUUGGGCCCAAUAGCAUCACGUGACGUUGCACUACCAGGUUUGGCCACCAUAUAAAUAGUUGGCACACUUCCUGGGGGCAUGGUAAAAAUAUUAAGAUAAUUCAUGAUUGAAAUAUAUAUGGCAAAUAAAUGAACAUUUAAUAUAGGAAUGUUGGAUAUAAAUGGGAAAAUGUAUUUUUAAUUUAAUGGGGACUGUAAAAAACAAAUAUCUUCUUCUAACAGUUGCUGAAUGAGGCCCAAUGCUUUUAAAAACACCUCUUUCAAACCUUAUAUUCAUCAAUAUCUGGGCAGCUUACUACUGUAUGCUCAGCCGGCCUUUAAUGCCGGCCUUUAAUACUGAAAAAACAAUAAUGAUAAAAAAUGAUAUCAUACUGUAUAAGUGAGGUGUCAACAAAAUUACUCAUCAACAGUUAGUUUGUGAAAAUAUGUUUUCCCAUAAUUUAGAGGAUUAUUCAGUGUUAAAAAAUAUACUUGUCUCUUAUACAGUGUAAGGUUUAAAAAAUCUCCACACACAUACCAGUGUCUUGUUGAAAUGUUGUACGUCUAAGUUUGAGAAAUGUGUUUAUUACAUCUUCAUGGGGAAUUCAUGUCAUUACCUUUUUUUACUUUGAACUUGUUGAAGAUGUAAUAAGUUUACUCAUUCGUAUCGCUUUUCUCAAGAUGUGUGAUGUAUGCACUAUGCAGAUAGUCCCUUCCCACUCAAGUCUCAGCCAGCUGUUUAUAGCAGCUAGUGUAUGUUAUCCAGCACAAAGGAAGGCUCAUAGUGAUGAAUAUCAGGUCGUAGCUCUAAAUCUAGUUUACUAUGGUUGUAAAGACCAAUGUUCAGCUGUUGCGCUAAUGACCAAGGAGGGCUAAAUCUGUGUAUGUUUCUAUCUUUCCUAAAGUCAGUUACUUGUUCACUUAGAGGUGAGGGUCCCCUCACACUGAAUUUCUGUCACUUGUAUGAAAACCAUUUUUACUGGUGAGUACAGUUUUUUUUGUCUUUAUAUUUGUUGUUCAUUUUAAAAUAUAUUUCAAUGAAUCUCUC